AUGGCUUCUUCUUUCUCAAUCUCCGUCACUUUCAGGAUGAAUCUAGUGCAUCCAAACAAUCACUUGUGCUUCCCCCAUUUACAGAACGGAGUUGUGCGUUUCCGUGCUCGUACAAGUAUUACAUGGCAAAAAUGCAAUUUAAAGCUCAAUAUGGUGCCUGGUCGACUAUUUUCUGGUUGUCGUGAUACGAGAACCUUAGCAACUGCUAGCUCAUUAGAAAUUGAUGGUGAAAACCAGGCAAUUGUGUUCAGGUCUAGAAAUUUGAAUGAGAACCCAAUGAACCUCAAAAACGGCAUGAAUGAUCUUGAAAGCCAACUGCAGGAGUUGUUUAAUGAAGUAAAAACUAUGAUUCAAUUGGGAAAGGAAAAUGAUGCAGUUGAUUUACUUCAGGCGAAUUAUGAAGCUGUUAAAGAACAGAUGGCUUCAGGUGCUACAGGCAUAGAAGAAGCUGCUAUUCUUGAUGUAAUAGCCUUGGGGUACAUGGCUCUUGGAGAUUUGCGGACUGUUGGAUCCCUAUUAGACGUGUUGAACAAGAUUGUAAAUAGGUUGAAGGAUCAGGAACCUCUUCUGGAUUCGAUACUCAUGCAUAUGGGAAGUAUGUAUGACAAGUUAGAAAAGUUUGAGCUGUCCAUUGGUUUCUACCAGAGAUCCCUUGAAAUUAUGGAAAGAACAUAUGGGAACAACAGCUCAUUUCUUACCAUGCUGUUGUUGGGGAUGGCUAAAGUGCUGGGUGCUAUGGGAAGAGCCAGUGAGGCAAUGGAAACAUACCAGCGUGUGAUUAAGCUAUUGGAAUCUAGUAGGGGUGGGGAAAAUGAGGAAUUGGUAGUGCCAUUAUUGGCACAGGGCAAUCUUUUAAUGAAGGAAGGAAGAGCUCCGGAUGCUGAAAGUCCUUUCAAUAGAAUCUUAAACAUUUAUGUGAAUACAUAUGGAGAAAAGGAUGGAAGAGUUGGAUUGGCUAUGUGCUCCCUGGCACAGGUGAAAUGUGCAAAAGGAGAUGUGAAUGAAGCCAUUGAUCUGUACAAGAGGGCCCUUCAAAUCCUUGAGGAUUCAAAAUACAUGGAAUUGGAUGACAUUGCAAUGGAACAGAUGAGAAUAGACUUGGCUGAGUUACUUCAUGCAACCGGAAGAGGAGAAGAAGGCCGAGCCCUUCUGGAGGAAUGCUUGUUAGUAAAUGAGAAGUAUAAAGGAAAAGAACAUCCCAGCUCAGUACCACUUCUUGUAAAUCUUGCAACUUCCUAUUCACGCUACAAGAAUUUUGUAGAAGCUGAGCGCUUGCUGAGGAUAAGUUUGCAAAUUAUGAUGAAGACUGUCCCCCCUGAUGAUCAGUCCAUCACAUUCCCGAUGUUACAUCUUGCCAUCACUCUAUACAAUCUAAAUCGAGAUGAAGAAGCUGAAAAACUUACUCUCAAUGUUCUACGCAUUCGCGAGAAGGCAUUUGGAAGAGAAUCUCUACCGACUGGAGAGGCUCUUGACUGUUUGGUCUCCAUUCAGUCACGAUUAGGGAAGGACAACAGUGAGUUGUUGGAGCUGCUCAAGAGGGUUCUGAGAAUUCAGGAAAAAGCUUUUGGCCAUGAGGGUGAGGAGGUCAUGGAAACCCUCAAGAAAAUUGUACAUUACAUGGACAAAAUGGGUAUGAAUAACGAGAAACUUCCAUUGCAAAGAAGAUUAUCCAUUUUGAGAAACAAACACAAGAAAAUGGUUAGGUAUUGA